UAUAUGCACAUUUAGAUAAAGGCAUUCCUGCUUCAUUGUGAGAACACGUGUUUGUUACAAUAAUUAUCUCAGAGAGAUAAGCAUCGAGACAUAAGUUUACUACAAAGAUAACGUUCAAGUUUUUGCGAUAUAUAACAUGAACACUGUUCUGAAUAUUACUCAAUUAAAUUUGAUACUAUAACAAGUGGCAAUACACAAAUCACAAAAAAAAACAUGUGUACUCAUCAGAGUGAUGGUGAUAUUAACGUUGUCUUUGACAGUGUUUUGAACCAGGAAGUGGGACAAUUCGGAAAGUUUCAAGUGCUCAACUUGGCGCUCUUAGCUCUGCCUGCUAUUUUUUGCGCGUUCAUGGCUGGGGACUACGUAUUCACUGCAGGCCGCUUGCCUUAUCGCUGUCACGUCCCGCAAUGCGAUGGAGCAUAUCCGGAAUAUGCCCCAGAUUGGAUAUUCAACGCGAUCCCAAACAAUAACAAUGGAUUUGAUAGCUGCAAUCGCUAUGCAAACUCAACUGAUAACGUUGGUGUUGAUUUGUCUCCUAAUGCUGAAGACGUCUGCCCUGUUUAUUUGUUUGACAGAAGCACGAUUAUACCUUGCGAUAACUACGUACACGAGCGGACAAAUACCGUUGUCUAUGAUUUUCAUUUGGAAUGUAAAGAGUGGCUAAGGACAUUACCCGGUACCUUAAAUAGUUUGGGAGGAAUGAUCGCUUUGAUAUUAGCAGGAUUCGUCUCGGAUCGCUUCGGACGAAGAAUGUCUAUUGUUAUUUUCUCCUUUAAUAUAGCCUUGGUCGGCUUGGUGAGGUCGUUCUCGAUAAAUUAUGCCAUGUAUGUCACUUUACAGUUUUUGCAGACUGCUAUCGGCGGAGGAGCAUACAGCGCUGCGUAUAUUUUGGCAGCAGAGAUUGUCGGUACUGAGCACCGUGUCAAAACCAGUGCUACAAUGUCAAGUAUGUUUGCUACUGGUCAAGUAAUAUUAGGGCUCCUUGCCUGGGCUUUCCCCGAGUGGCGUACACUCAGUCUGGUGCUCUACAUCCCGGUCUUCAUUAUACUCUCUUACCACUGGAUACUCUCAGAGAGUCAUCGUUGGCUUUUAUCGAAAAACGAACAAGAUAAAGCAAAGGCUGCCUUAAUACGAGCAGCUGGAUUAAAUGGAAAGCAAAUCUCUGGAAAAUCGAUGAAAUAUCUCCUCACCGCCAUACCACGACAAAUGGAAACUAAUAAAGAUACGCACAAAAAUAAUCUGUUCCUUCGCGUUAUCAAAUCACCCGUUAUGUUACGUAGAUGUUGUACAACGCCUUUUUUGUGGAUUACCACUGUUUUAAUAUAUUACGGUUUAUCUAUAAAUUCCGUGAAUUUAUCUGGCAAUAUGUAUGUCAAUUAUAUAGCAACAGCCGCUGUCGAAAUUCCCGGAUAUGUGAUUGCUGUUAUGGUCUUAGAUAGGGUUGGCAGAAGAAUAACAUUGUUCGCAGGUUUUACAAUCUGCGCUGUGUGCAACGCUGCUUUCGCUUUUACCCCUAUAAACGUGUAUCACGUUUCGCUGGGUUUAUUUUUAACAGGAAAAUUUUGCAUAGGCUUAGUGAUGACCUCGUUGUAUUUGUACACUGCGGAAUUGUAUCCGACGAGAUAUCGACAUUCGUUCUUAGGAUUCUCGUCAAUGAUAGGACGAAUAGGUUCAAUCGUGGCACCGUUGACGCCUCCACUCAUGGCCUAUUGGGUUGGGAUACCGUCAAUGAUGUUUGCUGUGAUGGCUUUUGUAUCUGGUUUAUUGGUACUUACACAACCCGAAACUCGAGGCUUAAAAGUGCCAGACACAUUUGAAGACGCUGAAAAUAUAGGUAAAAAUAAUACGUCAAUUUAUCAAUGAUUUUGUUGUUAUUUUUAACUAAUAAACGAGUGAAGAAGAAGUAUUAAAAAUUAUUACAUAUUAUGUAUUAAUUAUGUAAUUAAUUUAUAUCAAGUACAAAAAUAAACUACUAUUUAGAACAUGUUCAUGGAUAUGAUUUUUUUCAAAAAUUUAGAUAUUAUGAUACAGCGCCCUCUCGUGGUUUUUAUAAACACUUCUUGAUUUCGCGUUUUUGUUUUCACUCUGUUCCAAGAAGUGAAUUUUGUUAUUGCUAUGAUAAUUACGGUAGGUGGCGCUGUAGCACACCCUAGGCUUAGGUUAGCCAUUGAAGAUAUUAUUACACUUUUCUAGGGCACUAAGCAUGACCGCAAUAAUAUUAAUUAGAUUUUGCACUAAAGAGCAAAGCACCAUGGAAUAUUUUGUAACAAUAAAAUGUUUGUUUUUCCUGUCACAAUGCAAUGAUAUUAUUAAUAAAAUUAUGAUGAUGAA